UAUCUGAAAUAAAUUGUAACAAAUAUAUUUAGAAAAGAGAAAGGGGUUUAUUUUCAAUUUGAUUUAUAGAGUACAGUAGCUUAUUAUUUAUGAUGGCCUUAUUGCAGAGGAGCCAAUUGAAACUACAGCCUCACACAAUGAUUUUAUUUUAUUUUUAUUCAAUUAAGCUAUUUAAUGAUAACUUUGGCAGCGCUGUAUAAGAUUUCUGGUUUUAAAAUCAGCCAGAAAAAGCAAAAAAAUAAAAAUAGCAAUAAAUACGGCUAGGCUAGCUAUCAAACGAAGUAGUCCACUUGAUAGUGUAGGGAGGGCCCUUGUUGCCUAUACUUAUGUCGCGCAGCGCCAACUCACUUCGAAUAAAUACUCACCGUCACCAUGUUAUCACUCCAUUGCUUCGAAAACUUGCACGAGGUGUCUUUGAAAUAUGAUCUAUCAUAUUGCAUGCACUAAACUUUCAAAGACAGAUCGGAAAUAGCUUUGAAAUCGAAUAUCUUUUCUUUCCGGCGGUAAAGAUCAAAGAGGCUUGAGAGAUGAGGAGUGAUGACGUCACAACCUCUUUCGGCUAGGCUGUUUCCAGAAAAGGAAAUAUUCUGAAGUGCGGACAUUUGGCGGUUUAGUCGAACUAGGUUAUAUGUGGUGCUGAUGUUUAUCCUCAAGUAGAAUGCAUUAGGAAACAAGUGACUACAGUUCAGAUUCUACGUGAGAUCACGUGGAUCGCUUGGCUGAGGGAGACGUGCUCCUUCUUGGCCUACCCUGCAUCGACACACAGAACAAGAACAUUAAACCGCAUAUGAAUGCCAUAUAGCCGUUCUAUAAAUAACAAGGCAUUCAGUCGAAAUGGGUAGUUACGAGUACCUUAGACCUACAGAGAGGCAUAGGCGAAAUGGAAGGCUGAUCAUCAAUAUAUCAUUGGCGGCCAUUGUCGUUUUUACCUCUGAACUCAGUUCAUCGUCCGCGUAUCCCUUAAAAUCAGACAACAGAGUGAACUUGAAAGAUGGAACACUAUUCAUCAACAGUAACGAGGCGAAGGCGCAAUUCUAUGCGGGGGACAAAUCUUCUAUACAGCCAUCCAGGAUGGAUCAGGAUUAUUCGAUUAGACGUCAACAGAAAGACAAGAAAGAAAUCACACCCAAUCUUCCUCGCACCAAACGCGGCCUGCGAAUAAAUGGGUGCCCCUUCAAACGCCCAGAGAAGUGUAGAUACAUCGUCGACGAAGUCGCGCGGCAAAUCAACAACAAACUCAACAGAACAGCUAAUGGCUUACCUUACAGGGUAGAUACACGGGCCGACGAGAUGGAACCGGUGUUUGUUCAUUUGCUUGGAAGGCGGAGAAUGCCCCUUCUGCUCAUGGGAAACGACCUGUAUAAAGUCACAAAUUGGGACUCGCUUCCUCCAAAAGUGGGUAAAAAGGGAAACUUUGCCUCAAAUCAACGACAAAAGUUCCGAACCCUGCGAAAAAAGGGCAAAAUUAACGCAAGUGGUAAAGAAGGCAACAUCAAGAUUAAGAUAGCGGGAGAUUACAGACUUGCUGUGCAGCUCACACUGAAAGAACGCCUCGCUAGUAAUAUCAGCACAAUCGGUAUAUGCAUGGAAAAGUCUCCCAGGAAUAGAACCAUACUGCUAUCCCAGGUCCCGAUUCCCGUGGGGGGUGGUCGGGUAAUGGUCUCCAUCAACACUUUGGCGUAUUUGUACAGAGAAUCCAAUAUCUUUGUCUACGUACAGUUUGCUAGCGGCACGAGGGUUCCCGCAAUAGACGUUAAGCUCGUCUUACACAAGCCCCUAACCAUGAACAUGUUUGAGGCGCAGUUAGUUUGGGCGAGGGACGACAGCGGUUAUCAAAACUAAAGACAUGCGCUAUGCGCUACUUGAUGCCCGCUAGAUACGUAAAAGACGGCAGCAGCAAUGGUAUUAACAACAUGCGCAAUAAACACUCUUCAAAAUUUCAAAGCAGGUUAGCUUGCACGAGAUACGAAGGCGUAUCAGUUACAUCGACUUAUUAUUCUUUCUUAUGCGUACUUUUUCAUGAAAUAUGUGUGACAAAGAAAGCUUACUACGCCACUUUGAGUGGCCUAUGGUACUCCCUCACAGCUUUACAGCGUUGGGAGCAACCGGUUAAAUGCGCACGCAUGUGAAAAUCACAAUGACAGAAAAGUGAAGUGGGAACAGAAAAGAAAGGAAUAAAUUUUCGUUUCUUUCUCACUUCCCCGCUUUCGCUUCCUUCGAUUUUCACGCGCAGGGGUAAACAUUUUACUAUAGCCGUAGAAGUUAUCAAAUUAUUGGGGGCACGAUACAGAAACAGUAAGAAAAUAUUGGGGGCACAACCACGCACCUACUGGUCAUUCCCUUAUAGUUUUUGAAAAUAUUUUGGGGCACGUGCCCCAGUGCCCAAACCCUUGCUACGGCCCUAUUUUUACGCCUCUCUUUUUACCCUUCUCUGCUUUACAUACUAUUGAACGUAAGAAGAUAUUUCCAGAUAUUGCCGGAGGAUUUUCUAUGCAAGCAUGCGUACAAUCUAGACCAAAAGUACGCCCACUAGUAGAGGGAGGUGUGGAUAUGCAUAGUAAUUCUGUUGACGACAUAGACUUCUUUCUAAGACAAAAACUCAAGUGGUUAAACUGUCCAAAGGUUUUGUUGGUAACGGUUUGAAAAUAAUAAAAUUUGAUCAGUCAUCAACAUUGAAACGUGUGUAUAAGAAUAACGUGCAAUUUCAAAGAUCAGGCUGAGUUUAAAUUGGGGCGUUUUGACAAUCGGACUAAUUUUUUUUAGAAUAGUUUCACAUGUUCUUAUACUAACAAAAUGAUUUUCUAUAGCCUUUCAAAGGCUAGCAUAGAAAAACUGUAUGCCGGAAAUUUCUUGACCCAGCCUGUUGGUUUAAGGGUUCUAGUAAAGAUGAUUGUUUACGGGAUCUACAUAUUUUAGCUAUCGUUCCUGUUUGCCUGCGCGUAUGUGUUUUGCGGCGGAAGGAUCCUUUCGCAUUUAAGGCCUAUUUUUUAGUUUUAUUAGAUUUGAUACUGUAUUCACAUUUAUAUCUGAUCUAACUAUAAAAAAAACUUUGGACUGAAAAAAUAUUACUUUCCGACUGUGGAUAAGCGACUAAAUCCGCAUUGUCACCACUUUACUUCCGGUGGUCCGACGGAAACAAGACAAAAGAAUCUAUUAGAAUACGAUAUAUUUAACAGGCCAUCCGCUCUAAAUUAUCAAUCAGACCCUCAAAGAAACUUCCAAUAGACACACUGCUUUCAAUAUUUUGAAGAAAUUUUUCGCGUUUCUGUUAAAAAUCAUCGGAGAUUAUUACCUAAUCGACCAGAAGUAAACUGUUGAAAAUGCGGAUAAGUGUUUUAAGAUGUUAUAAUAACAGUCAUCUUAACUGCUGUUACUAGGUGUCAAGGGAAAUGGAGUUUGUGCGGAGAAAUUAAAGUUCAUAUACAAGCA